GAUGUACUAACUAGUAUUGAUGAAACAAAUUACAUCAUAUUUCUUACGAUUUCCUGGGGAAAUUCACGAACCAGUCGAUGGAUGCGACAGAUUCCAUACACUUAAAUUUGAGCUCUGAUGUUCUGUUCUGUUCUGUUCAGGUGGUGUGAAUGGAGGCACGUCCUCAACAAACGUCCCCAUCUUUGAUGCUCCAUUGCCCCGGUGCAUCCUCAGCCAGCGAUAUAGAAGUGUAGAGUAAAUGUUCCUUCUAAUCCCCAACAGAAGUACCAUUCUUUCCAAAUGUGCAUAGGAAUCAUCUUGAAGUCCGUUCCGGUACAUAUCUUUUCGUUUCAUCCAGACGUGGUGGUUAAUGUUCAUGUACACGUUACAGCACAACCGAAACUCGAGAAGUCACCAUCGUGCCAGCCACUCGUACUCGACCGAUCAGCCAAAUCUGCGAGUGGUGGUGAAGAUAUAAAGGAAAGGGGGGAGGAGAGCCACAAUCGAAAUCGAAAUCAAAAUCAAAAUCAGAGGCAGAAAUCACACACAGGGGAUACUGACGACCGUUGCAAUCUGAAGAAAACAUCAUAAUCGUGGUUUGGCGAUGGUAAUGAAGGGGUCGAUGCGCAUGGCAAAAGGUCUCGAACUUCUAUGAUAUCGAUGUCGACAGCUGUCCAAUACUAAUCCGAGAUAUCAUUUGGCCGAGGGGAGAAAAGCACCUGCCCUUCUUCCCCUGCAUCAACCACGCUGCCCCAUUCGUUUCUCUGAUUUUGAUCUCUCCAUUCUUGAGGUGUCGACUGCAUAUCACGACGUCACAAUACUUCCAUACAAUUCAACGAAUUUUCACACUUUUUUCUUCUCCACGAACGGAAUAAUCGCGGAUUCUGCAGCUGCCUGCAAGCAAGAUUCUAUUCUCCGCGAAAUCUCGGAGACUCCAUCAUUCUUCUCUCCUCGUUAGAAAAAAAGCAAGGAAGGACCAUUCAAUUGCACCGCACCCACUACCUCGAUCAUUUGGGGUUCCCAGACACAAGAGGAGAGAGCACAAGAGAACAAAGCUUUCAUUACGAAAACUGUAUUACGCUCGGAAUUGUCAGCAUCGACUUACUGCACGAGAGCACAUACACAUACACAUACACAUACACAUACACACACUCUACCCUACCACCCUCGCACUGCCAAUUCGAGAUCCAAUUAUACGACACUUGUUCAUGCAUCGAACGCUUCCUCUCUCUCUCUCUCGAUAUAUUAUACGCAUCGCCCUUUGACCAUUCAUGAAUUGAGACUCUGACUUUCCCAACGCUUGGAGUUUGAACUAGUCCUUUUCGAGGAGGGUCUUUACAAAGAAGCAACAUCAUCAUCAUCAUUUUCACCCCCUUCCCCCCCUCCGGUGCAUUUUUCCCUUUCUUCCUUUGUUCCUUGGAGGCAGAGGUUGAAAGUAGCACAGCUAGCACCGCAGUAGACGGCCCUUUUUUGGAGAGGGCCUUAACGCCAUUAGCCAAUCGAAUCCUCGCACUCCCCUCGCAUAAGUGGAGAUAUCUUGGGUCCCGACUCCAAACUCUGCCCCUCCAAAGUUUCCCAGGCUUUGGUUGUGUUACGAGUGUGUAAUCGCGAAAUCUGAAUUGCCCCGCCUCCCGCCAAGUUGGCCAUAAACUCCCCCAUCCUAACCAAAAUUACGUCCUCAAUUGGAAAGGGCGACCCGCCCACCAACUUCAAUUCUAAAAAGAAGAAGAUUCCUUUGACUCCCCUAACUUCCGACUUAUAUUCUCAGUCUUCGAUUCCUUCUUCUUCCUUUUUAUCUCACUUCUUCUCUUCCAAACCUCCUUCUCAAUCAGCCAAGCCAACACCAACAUCCUUUGCCGAACCCAACCUAUUUAAACCUCACAAAGUCUCGAGACCAAAUCCAAUCAGCCUCAUACAUUUAGCCUCCGUGACCUUUGUGGUUAUCGCCUUGAUUGUUCAAUUUUUGUUCACUGAUACCCCUCCGCUCUAUUCGGGAUCGUAUCAUCCAUAUUCACCAACAUCGUACUCUCCCAGAGCCAACGUUGCGGAUCAAGGAACUUGUGAAUCACCACAUCCAUUUCCUACAGAAGCGCCAAUAUCAAGACCCCACAAAAUGUCUUUGUUAGCAGAAGCAAAGCGCGUUGCCGCUGAGUUUGAAUACACAGAUGAGGAUGUGCGCAGAGGUGUUGCCGAAUUCGUCGCGGAGAUGAAUGAGGGAUUGGAAAAGAAUGCAACAAACAUGAGCCAAAUUCCAACAUACGUUACUGGAGUUCCUAAUGGAACGGAAAAGGGUCUAUAUCUAGCGGUCGAUCUUGGAGGAACCAAUUUCCGAGUCUGCUCAAUUCAAUUGCAUGGAGACACCACAUUCAGUCUUACACAAUCAAAGGUUGCGAUACCCCGGGAGCUGAUGUUGGCUAAGACCGCAUCGGACCUUUUUUCAUUUUUGGCGAAACAAAUCGAGCUUUUCCUCAAGACCCAUCACGAGGACCAUUUCGCCGCUCACAUCAGACGUCGCAAUACUGUUAGCACACCAGAAGGAUUCAGAGAUGAGCAUAUCUUUAGACUUGGAUUCACGUUCAGUUUCCCAGUUCACCAAAUUGGUAUCAACAGAGGAACUUUGAUUAGAUGGACAAAAGGUUUCGAUAUUGCGGAUGCGGUUGGACAAGAUGUUUGUGACUUGCUACAAAAGGAGAUUGAUAAACUGCACUUGCCAGUAAAGGUCGCUGCUCUUGUAAACGAUACAGUCGGAACAUUGAUGGCAAGAGCAUACACCUCACCUGGAAAGACUCAGACCUUACUCGGAGCCAUUUUCGGUACUGGUACUAAUGGUGCCUAUGUUGAGAAGCUCGAGAAGUUGACUAAGCCUAUGGAAGGAGAUUUUGACAAGACAACUGGUGAGAUGGUUGUCAACACAGAAUGGGGUUCGUUCGACAAUGGUCUCAAAGUUUUGCCAAAUACUAUUUACGACCAAAUCCUUGACAAGGACAGUGUCAACCCUGGUAUUCAAAUGUUUGAAAAGCGAGUUUCUGGUAUGUUCUUGGGUGAAAUUCUCAGAACCGUUCUUGUUCAAAUGAUCAAGAGCCCCACUAUUCCGCUUUUCAGAGACACAUCUUCCGCAGAUAACGACUAUCGCUCAACAACUACAGUCGAUGAAAACGGUCCUCUUUUCAAGCAAUGGGCAGUUGAUAGUUCUAUCCUCUCGAUCGCGGAAGCUGACAACAGCGUGGGUCUUCGUGCCCUCCGUCAAGAACUUGAGAAGUCUCUUGGUGUCUCAGCUGCGUCGUUGGAAGAUGCACAAACUGUCAAGGACAUCGCCCAUGCUAUCGGUAAACGUGCAGCUCGUUUAGCCGCUGUUGCAAUUGGUGCUAUUGUUCUCCAAACUGGUCGUCUGGAUAUUAAAUCUGAUACCCCUGGACCAAAAUCAGCAGCUGCUAUCAUCCAAGAUGUCAAGGAUUUGAAGAUUGCCGAUGCAGCAUCAGCUACUGCUAACAAACUCGCAGACACAGCAGGUUUGGCUGUUAACGAAGAAGAUGUUGUUGAUAUUGGUGUGGACGGUUCCCUUGUUGAAUUCUACCCAGGAUUUGAAGAUCAUAUGAGAGAAGCUUUGAGAGCUAUGGAUGGCAUUGGAGCUAUUGGUGAGAGAAGAAUCAGAAUUGGUAUUGCCAAGGAUGGAUCUGGUGUCGGUGCUGCAUUGAUUGCGCUUGUGGCGGCAAAGAUGGAGAAACAGCAAGAUUAUAUUGGAGAUUUAAGGAGUAGGUAUGGUGUUACUGGAGAGAAUGUGCUUGGAGAGUAAUGGCUGCACGAUUUGUUAUGAAAUGAUUAUAUGAAUGGUUGAUUAGUUGUUUGUCAAGUUACUAGAAGAGUUACAGUGGAAAAACAAUUAUCAAGGAGAAUUGGUGGGAAUGGAUGGGUGAAGGAAUUGGGGUCGGCGGUUUUGGUUACACACAUAGUUUGGGCAUAGGAGCUGCUAGGUGGCUACCUUUUUUUUUCCAAGUAUCAUUUAGUAGGAAAUCUGAACAUACAUAUGAAUCUUUUAAAAUCUUCAACACGAAACCUGGAGCUUGGACUGUUUGUAUCUGUAGUUUUAUCUUUAGUGAGAUUAGAUUUCAUACAAGGAAGGGGGUUCUUUAAUUGGAGUUCGGUAAAGUGAUGGAAUAUAAUGUGAUGCCACUUUUUGGGAUACGGAAACA